AUGUCCGAAGAGUGGGAUAGCGUUACCCGCAUUGGUAGCAAGGUCCGAGCUGGUGGCGGCACUGCUCAAGACCGCGAGCGAGUCAUCAAAGGUCGAUCAGCCCUCAAUGCAGCUCAACGAUCAGGUGCUAUCGUAGGCACAGAAAAGAAAUUCGGCACAACGAACACUGGCUCACAAGGCGAAGGUCAACGCCUAACCAAAGUCGACCGAAGCGACGAUAUCGUCCCAACCAAGACCGUUGGCUCAGUAGUCGGCAACGCAAUCAGAGACGGCAGGCAAAAAGUUGAGCCAAAACUGACGCAGGCCGAUCUCGCGAAGAAGGUCAAUAUUACACCUAACCUGCUACAAGACUACGAACGAGGUACCGCCACACCAGACCAGAAGAUCCUUGGUAACCUCGAGAGAGUGCUCAAGAUCAAGCUGAGAGGAAAUGAUAUCGGGGCGCCUAAGACGCUGGGACCAAAGAAAUAG